AUGGUUCAAUCUGCCGAUCAAAGAGCUAUCAACACUGUUCGUUGUCUUGCUGCCGAUGUUGUCAAGGGAGCCAAUUCAGGCCAUCCUGGUGCCCCAAUGGGCUGUGCUCCCAUGGCUCAUGUCUUAUUCCACAAGUUUAUGAGAUAUAAUCCCAAAAAUCCUAAGUUUAUCAACCGCGACCGCUUUGUUCUUUCCAAUGGUCACGGCUGUGCUUUACAAUAUAUUAUGCUCCACCUUGCUGGUUAUGAUGUGACUAUGGAUGACCUCAAAAACUUCCGUCAGCUUGACUCAAAAACUCCCGGUCAUCCUGAAGUGAACGAUACUCCCGGUAUUGAAGUCACAACUGGUCCUUUGGGUCAGGGUAUUUCCAAUGCUGUCGGUUUGGCUGCUGCUGAAGCUCACUUUGCUGCUACUUACAACAAGCCCGGUUACGAACUUUUCAACAACAACACCUUUGUUAUCCUUGGUGACGGUUGUCUCCAAGAAGGUGUCAGUGCUGAAGCCAUUUCUCUUGCUGGUCACUGGAAACUUGGCAAGUUGAUUGCUCUCUAUGACGAUAACGCCAUCACUAUUGAUGGUUCCACAGAAGUUUCAUUCACUGAAGACGUUCUUCAACGCUUCCAAGCUUGUGGAUGGCACACACUCGUUGUCAGCGAUGGUGAUAACGAUGUUACAGCUAUUCAAAAGGCUAUUGAAGAAGCCAAGAGCGUGACUGAUAAGCCUACUCUUAUCAAGGUUAAGACUACCAUCGGUUAUGGUUCAUUGAACCAAGGCGAAGAAAAGGUUCAUGGCUCUCCCCUCUCAGAUGCCGAUAUCAAACAAGUUAAGGAAAAGUUUGGUUUCAACGGUGAUGAAAAAUACAGCGUCCCUCCAGAGGUCUAUGAUUUAUAUGCUGCCCGUGCUGAAUACGGUGCCAAGGUUGAACAGGAAUGGAACGAACUCUUUAGCAGAUACAAGUCUGAAUACCCCGCCGAAGCAGCUGAAAUCGAACGUAGAUUCAAUGGCAAGCUGCCUGAAGGUUGGGAAGCUGCUCUCCCUCGUUUCACUCCUUCUGAUGCACCUGUUGCCACUCGCAAGUUAUCUGAAGGUGUCCUUACUUCCCUUUCCGAAGUUAUUCCCGAACUUUUGGGUGGAUCUGCCGAUUUGACCGGUUCCAACUUGACUCGUUGGAAGAAGGCCGUUGACUUCCAACACCCUUCCACUGGCCUUGGUGACUACACUGGCCGUUAUUUCCGUUAUGGCGUACGUGAACAUGGUAUGUUUGCCAUCAUGAACGGUUUGACUGCCUAUGGUGGUAACAUUCCAUUUGGUGGUACUUUCCUCAAUUUCUUGACCUAUGGUUGGGGUGCUGCCCGUCUUUCUGCUUUAUCUCACUUCCGCGUCAUCUAUGUCAUGACCCACGAUUCUAUUGGUCUUGGUGAAGAUGGUCCUACUCACCAGCCUAUUGAAACCUUAGUGUUAACACGUGCUACUCCCAACAUGCUCACUUUCCGUCCUGCUGAUGGUAACGAAGUUUCAGGUACAUACCUUGUCGCCCUCGAAAAUGCACACCGUCCUUCAGUCAUUGCCCUCUCUCGUCAAAACCUUCCUCAACUCGCUGGUUCAUCUGUCGAGAUCGUUCGCCGUGGUGGUUAUGUCCUUCAAGAUGUCGAAAAUGCUCAAUUGAUCUUGGUUGCCACUGGUUCCGAAGUUUCCUUGGCCGUUGAUGCCGCUAAACAAUUGGCCGCUGAAGGUGUUGCUACUCGUGUUGUGUCUAUGCCUUGUACCGAAUUAUUUGAUGAACAACCUGAAGAAUACAAGAAAUCCGUUUUAGUUCCUGGUGUGCCCAUCAUUUCUAUUGAAGCACUUGGUACCACUGGCUGGGAACGAUAUGCUCAUGCUCACAUUGGCAUGAAAACCUUUGGUGCUUCUGCACCUAUCAAGGAGCUUUACAAGAAAUUCAAUAUUACUGUUGAAGCUACUGUCGAAAAGUCUAAGAAGGUCCUUGCUUACUAUCAAAAGGCUGGUUAUGUCCCUGAAGUCGGUCUUGAUUUCUAA